GUCAAUAAUAACAGUGCCAUCACUCUGUCCCGUAAUUUCGUAUCGGCGAGUCUAGAGUAUUAUUUAGUAAUUGCGGUUGUCCGUCAGUCCAAGUUGCCGGAUACAACUGGAUUAAACCAGAAGAAUGUGAAUCAAAGAAAAAUCGAAUCAACAAAGGCGAAUUUUGAGGAAUUUUAAAAUGAAGGGAAUAUAAAUGUGAGUCAUCGAAUGUUUGCAUGAAACUCGAAGGUGGUAUCUGUUUGGAGCGAGAAUACAUCGAGAAUUGGGGAUUGCCGGAGAGAAAGACCGAGGAAGUGGUGGUAAUCGGGUUUUUGUAGACCAAGUGGUGAGCACGAUUUGACCAGCGGCGAUCAGUACCGUCAGUACUGUCAAACAGUUCAGUACGUCACCCCUCAGUAUUCACACAUGUACAGUUUUCCAUAAUUAAAUUAUCCGAUUUUUUUACCAUCCAUUUUGCGUUAUGAUUGGGGAAUAAUAACAAAAGAGUUUCCGUUUUUAUUACGCAUCGGUGAAUUGGUAAUUUAUCGUGUUAGAAACCAGUUUUUAUCCUUGUGAAUUCAUCAAUACAUAAUCUUGACUAGCAACAAUGUCAGACGUAGAGGGAGAGGACGAGUUUCAAGAUGCACAGGAAACUAUCACGAGGCCGACUACUAUGGUCUUGGAUACAGCGAUAGAUGAAGCGAAAAAGUCGAUAAAUUGUUUUUUCAAUAAUGAUUUUGAGAGUGCCAAGAGAAUUCUCGAGCCCUGGGCGGAAACUAGCAUGUACCACUCACUGGGAACAGCUGUUUUUGCCUGUCUCGAGGCAUUCUUGACAUUUGAACAGCAAAGUAUAGCUAAAGCCUCCGAGACUUUGAAACAAUGCAUGAAUGUAUGCGCCAAGCAACGCCGUCAUGUUACUCUCACACAAAAUAUUGGAAAAAUGGUCAAGAGGACGAAUUAUGAUAUCUAUACAGACGAGGAGGUGCAUGCGGAACUAUGCUAUGCUGAGUCCCUACUAUUGAAGGCGAUGCUUACGUUUGUCGAAGACGAAACUCUGGUUAGCUUCGUCAAAGCUGGAUUGAAAAUUCGCACAUGCUUUCUCAUAUAUAAAGAGUGCCUCAUGAUUUUAAAAUCACGCAAGUGGACGAAUGAAACACACAGACUGCACUUUGAGAGUGGCGUCCGAAUGGGUAUCGGAACAUUCAAUCUCAUGAUAUCUUUGCUACCAGGGAGAGUUAUCAAAUUACUUGAGUUUAUUGGAUUCUCCGGUGAUAAGGAAUAUGGACUGAGAGAACUCAAAUUGGGGUACAACGAGAAACGAGGAAUACGUCAAGUCCUGUGCGCAAUAACGCUAUUGUCCUACAAUUUGAUAGCAACAUUUAUUUUAAGCCACACAGAUGGUGACCUUGACUUUUGUAAGAAAGCACUGGCUGAGCAAUUGGAUCUCUACCCAAACGGCGUAUGGUUUCUAUUCUUCAAGGGUCGCCUCGAGUUUAUACAGGGAAAUAUGGAUGAAUCCAUAGAGUGGUACAAAAAAUCGUGGAGAAGCCAGGAGUUGUGGCCCCAGUUUCACCAUUUAUGCUUCUGGGAGCUCAUGUGGGCGCACUGUGUCAAACAAGAGUGGGAUGACGCCCUCUUCUACGCAAUAUUCCUACCUGAGCAAUCCAAUUGGUCGCGAACAAUGUAUCUUUAUCAACAGGCCGCAAUUAUGAUCAUGAGAAAACCAGAUAGCAAAAGCUCUGAUCGCGAUUGCAUUAAUAAUCUCAUGAUGCAAGUCCCAACGUACAAACAGAGAAUAGCCGGUAAAUCUCUGCCAAUGGAGAAAUUUGUCUGCAAAAAAUCGGAGAGAUAUUUCUCACAGUGUAAAAAUCUAGUCUUACCUAUUUUUGAAUUAAUGUUCGUGUGGAAUAUUUUCCGGGUGGUUGGCAAACGCAAGGAUCUUAUUAUGAGUAUGUACAAGGCUAUUGAGGAUGAGGAGAAGUGUCUGAAAUCCAGUCCAAAGACAGAGUACGAUGCGGAUAAUAAUGCACUCUUGCUGCUGAUCAAGGGUGCAUGCCUGCGACAAAUGAAUCAUCCGUUGCAGGCAGAGGAUUGCCUCAAGCAAAUUAUUAAAAUGGAGAAGCAGAUUAAGGAGGACGCUUAUUUGGUGCCCUACGCUGUUGUCGAGCUGGCGGUUCUGGCGCGAGAUCGAGGCGAUAUCGCAACGGCUAUUGCUCUCCUCGAGGAUGCCAAGCGCAAUUACACUGGAUAUUCCCUCGAGUCACGUCUACAUUUUCGAAUCCACGCGGAUUUGUUGGAAUUGAACAGCAAGAAAGUCAGUAAUGGGAAGAAGAUUGAGGUUGCUGAGGAGGCUGAGGAAGCUACAGAAGCUAUACUGUCGGAGCUGAUUUCUAAGAGUGCAGUCAAUUAAUGCUGCUUUCGUAUUGAAAUUCAAUUAUAUGAUAUUUGGGAUCUAUCAAAAUGUUGGUUUAAUAAUUCCAUUAUUGUAAUUGGAAUUUAUAGUGCUGUAUGAUGGGCCUAGGUCUAUUUGAAAAACCAAAUAUUAUGUAUUAUAAUAUAGUAUAUAUAUAUAUAUUUAUCAGGAGA